AUGAACAACUGUAACAAUUCUUCAAACGACACCAGCAACAAUAAUAAUUCUUCCAAUCAAAAGACUAUUUUUUUCAUUGACACUAGUAAUCCGGAAGUAAAUCAAACCAUUUCUGCUUGUGGCAGUAAUCCAUUCAUCAAGCCACCCUUCCCACCUGUGAUCGACACUCGUGAAUUGAUCAUUAAACUAACUAAUACUAAUGGUAAAUUGCCCGGAAAAUCUCCUAACGCUUUUAUCAUUUAUCGAAAAGCUUUUCUGGAUACAGCACAUGCUAAUGGCUACAAAUUACCAAUGACCGUUAUUUCAACAAUGGUUUCCAAAUCUUGGGAAAGUGAGCCACAAUAUGUUAAAGAUGAAUAUAAAAAACUUUCCAAGGAAGCAUUCAAUCGUCUCAACGAAAUGAAUCCAAAAUCAACCAAACCUAAUAAAAGAGAACAAGAUAUGUUAUUAUCUGCCACAUCAAAUGAUUAUCAAUCAUCUUCUAGUAGCAGUAGUCCACCUGAUAUUGAUAAUUUAUAUGAACAACAAAAUUUUGUAAAUUCAAUCAAUUCUUUCGUUCAACCACAAUCAUCUUCAUCUCCAGAAUCGGAAAUCUUUUCUGAUGUUAAUAAUAAUAACGAUAAUAUAGAUGAGCUUCGACAAUUUAUAAAUAUUUGUGAACAACAAAAUAAUUUUCCAAAUUCAUCAUUCAACGAAAAUGGACUUGGAAUUUCAUGCUAUAAUAAUUUCGAUAAUAUUAAUAUUAACGAUAAUAACACCAAUAAUUCUGACGAUUUAUUAUUUAAUAACAAUAACAAUUUAUUAGAUGAAUUUUUAAUUUAA